UUAGUGAUCCGUUCAUUAUUAUAAUGCAAGACACACGACGACAUAAGUAGAUCGGCAACUUCCCUUUAAAAAUUAUCAUUCUGCAAUUUCCCCUCUGCAUCCAACCAUAAUUUCUCAUCCUGCCCGAGACUUGGUGGUUGUCGCUCGUUGUUUUCUGACUACGAGACUUCAUAAUGUCUGACUCAAAAGAUAGUGGCAAAAGUGAUGCAAUUGAUUUUUCAUGGGGUAGAAAAGGAGGCCAAAACAAGGAGGCUCAGUUCUAUGAAUCUUUCACCUAUGACGGUGUGGAGUAUUCUUUAUAUGAUGUAUAUGCUUUGAAGGAAGGUGAAGCAAAGCCUUAUAUUGGUAAGCUCGUCAAAAUUUGGGAUUUGAAAAACAAACAAAGAAAGGUAAAAAUACCGUGGUUUUACUAUCCAGAGCAAAUAUCAAAUUUUCUUGAAGGUGAGAGCAUGCUAGAGAAUGAGCUCUUUCUAGCUACUGGUGUUGGCAAAGGAUUGACCAAUAUUAAUUCCUUGGAAGUAAUUGCUGGGAAGUGCAAUGUUCUUUGCAUUUCGAAGGAUGAGAGAAAUCGGAAGCCCUCGGAUGAAGAAUUUAAGAUGGCGGACCAUGUAUUUUAUCGCACAUUUAAUGUUCAAGAUCAUACAAUUUUAGAUAAGCUGAGUGAAAAAAUUGCCAUGACUGAUGUUAAUUUCUUAUUGAACAAAAAUGAUAUUCAAUCACGCGAUCUCUCAAUGGUAGAUGGAGGGGAUAUUUUUGUGGGAUUAGAGAAAGAUGACGAAGGGGCAAUAAGCGUAUUGGACAACUCGGAAGCUCAUUCCAUGGGAAAUGUUGAUGCUGCUGGAGCUAAUAAGAUUGACCCUGUUAUGUUAGUGAGAAAUUUGAUCAACAAGGAUCCAUAUUACAUAACAUCUGGCAUACAUAAGACGCGCAAGGAGCACAUGCGUGAAGCACCAAAAGAUGCGCCUUUGAAGAGCCUCAUAUUAUAUGAUGUAUGUUUUCCAUUUUUGAUGGAACCAAAGAUGCGUAAUUUUUUAGGUUUGGAUAGUGGCGGAGUAGCAUUGGCGGAUCCAAGAGGAUAUUUUGUUGCAAUCUCUUUGCUACUUUUUCAUGUUGGGUGCAUGUUUAUCAUGUUUAGGGUGCCUUAUUUAUGUUAUUUGGAUGCUUUCAAGUUUGCUUGUAUAUCUGUUCAUAAUUUGAAAGAGAAGGCCUUGAUUGACCAGCGCUUUGUAUUUUCUGAGAAGGCGAAGAAGGGUGCUUCUUUAUUGUUCACUUAUUUCUGCAGCAUACCCUUUAAUCUGGACUUGUGUUUGUGUUCUAUACAGGAUAUAGUUUGGCAUGGUUUUGGAGAAAGUUGCACUGCAAAAGUGGUUCAGCGUAUUGCAACAUCAAACCGUUCUUCUGCAAAAGCUUUGGUUAUCUUGAAAACCCGGGAAGUGGCAGAGAAGAUUAUUAGCAAGUUAGACAUGGAAUGCUUGAUGCUUCCAAACAGGCCUCUUUUAGGAAGCAGGGUAUGCUUUCCCAGAAAGCAUUCGCCAUUCUCUGGCCAUCUGGUUAUAGAUAAACUCAGACACCAAAAGCAGCGAGAAUCGAGAGAAGCAGUGUCUACGCACAUUCUUCUCAGUCACACCCUUGAAUAUGAGAUGGCAAUUGAGUGGUGCUUACUACAACACAAAUCAGAGUUAUGGUGGAAUAUGUUGUACAAGAGACAAGCAGAAGAUAUCAAAAAAUUGAAGGCAUGUCUGAAGUCAGAAAUGAUCUAAUUGCCGAGUGGUUCAAGUAGAGAUUAACUCUCUUUCGACUAGUUUAAACCAGUAACUUGACAGCUACAUUGGGACUUCAGAAUGAUUAGAGACUAGAGCGCUGAUUUCGCACAUGGGUAUCAUCCGUAUCAACUUUCGAGUGCUUAUAAUGCCUGAAUUUUGGUCUUCCAGUGGGUAUGAUAUGCUACUGAGUUUUGGGUUGUCUGUGGUGUGUGUUAGUUGUGCAUAUUCAUCGCCUCUCUAUUUAGAUUUAAAUUGUACAUCUUUGUAAAUGAACUACAUACUAUCGAUAUCUCAACCGUUUCUAACCACAUCAUUGCUUCCUGCAUCACUUUGCUCCAUUUGGGGCUGAUAACAAACUAUAAAAUUCUCGUUAUUUUUUUUUAUCAAACUAGCAUGAAAAUUCUAUCAUUCGGUCUUAAGAAUAGACACAGGUAAGAUCAGAAGACACCACAUCACCAUUUAGAAGCAACCUAAGAAACGUAACAUACAUAGAACAUAUUCAACAUUCAUGUUGUACAAACGGAUAUAGAGAUUUGUCACAUAGAC